UUAGAAAUGGUUACAUCUUCAACACCCAGACGUGGGUUCCACAUACCGACCACAUUAAAUCACGAAUCCCUUAUGGCUCAAAACUCGCCAAUAUCGAUGAGAUAUUCAGUAUCAUGUGGUGGUGGGAAGGGAAUUGGAACUACUGGAACAUAUAGCGGAGCUGGGGGACAAGUUAGCGAUAGUCACCCAUCAGUUCUCGAUUUGAACAGCGAAAACCGAGUAAUGGACCGAAAAACGGUUCACUGGAAUAUGCUUCUCCUCCUCUUCAUGUCAGUUUGCUCGGCAUUAUUCACCGUUGUUGCUCUACAAUUCCACUUUUCAAAUGCCGAACGAUUUCUUCGCACCGCAAAAUCACCGGCAUCGGCAUAUCGAGGAGUAAUCGAUGUCAUUCGGGAUGUCAUCGCCUCAUUCGACGUGGCAAUCGUGAUUCUGUCGAUUCUGGCAUUCUUUGUGUCUGCUCUUCAAUUACUAUUCCUGAUGAAGAUAGUAAAACAGACACAACAACCGGAUGAUAUUGAUGUGGCACUUCGAUACAUCAAAUCAACCAGCUUUUUAAGAAUUGUGGCAUUCUCGUUUUGGUUCGCAUCAAUAAUAGUCUUCGUGAUCGUGCUAAUGCUCACAGUCUCAAUUGACCCAUCGCGAAGUUUGGCCUCAAAAUGUGUAUCGAUUACUUUAGGAUCUUCCGCCGUCUUUCUUGCCACUUGCUUCGCCGUGAAAACCCUCUAUUUCUGGGCAAAUCAUUCUUGUGGGCACGUCUACCGCGAGGAUUGUUACAAUUACCUAAGCACACUGGUCUGAAUGUAUUAUUUUUAUAGCUUGUUAUUCUACCCACUUCUAUAUUGAGCUUUUUCAUCACGCAAAGUUUCUCAAAAUUGACACCAAUGAUCUGAUUUAUUUCAUACACAUAAGACUAAUAAUGAAUUCUUAUUG